UUUCCUUUAAUUUUAAAACAGUUUGUAUGUAAAACUGCAGUGUUUAUACUUAAACUGUAGUAAAUACUGACGUCGUAGUGAAAAAAAACGCUUGACUGCCCGAGCUAAAACAGAUCAUUUGAGGUUGAGAUCUGGCGGUACACCAGAGUUGAAGGUCCUGGUCAGAUCGGUGAAUUCAAGCAUGGAGGUCGCUUGAAGGUCCGAUGAAUGUGACGCGGCUAGUCAGUAGCAAAGGUGGACUCAGUCUCGGAUGUCAGAACUGCUCCUGCGGAAUGCCGCUUCAGCCAAAUACAGCACAUCUAGCCUGUAAAGCAGUAUUUUCACAAUGACAGCCCCAUCACAUAAGCCCCACAUCCGUACUGGAAAAGCUGAAGAUGAAGAUGACCCGGUAGAACUUAUGAUUUCAAAAACUGGUUGUGCUCAUUUGCACUAUGCUGUGCAAGAAUGUAUGGCAGAACACCAAGACUGGAGAAAAUGUCAGCCACAAGUUCAGGGAUUUAAGGAAUGUAUGUCAUCAUAUCACAGGUCUAAAAGAGAAGAACAAAUUAAGAUUGGACAAAAAAUACAACAAGAACAAAGCUGAUAAGAGACUCAUUUAUCAAACUUUUAUUCACUUUACAAAUAUUCAUUCUUUGUACAAUAAGGCAAUCUUCCAAUCAUUGCUUUGUUAAAGCAAUACUGAACAGUAAAUUAAAUUAGCUUUACUACAUGAUCAAUGAAUUUUGGUGGUAGAUGAAUUUAAUAAUAUAUUACAAAAAGUGUAAAAGUGCAUAUGCAAUUAUAUGGUCAAAUAGAAGGAAAGGGGCUUUAAUAAAAUGUUCUUCUUUAUCGUAAGAUUUAUUUAAA